AUGAUACGGCACAAUAUUGCGAUAGCUUUCCUUGUCACUCUUGGCUAUGGAGCUGAGGUCAACAAUACCAACCUAGAGCCAUUGCAGUUUAAGAAGAAUGGCACUUUUCAGAUUGCUAUCUUUUCAGACAUGCAUUUUGGACAAUAUGAAUCAACCAUGGGCCCAGAACAAGAUCGCAACUCUGUCGAAGUAAUUCGCAAGGUGCUCGACUAUGAUACACCAGAUCUUGUAGUUCUCAACGGCGAUCUCAUUAAUGGUGACUCCACCUACGCCCAUAACAGCACACAUUAUAUUGACCAGAUUGUCGAACCUAUGGUUAAUCGCAGUCUCACUUGGGCGUCUACCUACGGCAACCAUGACCACAACUAUAACAUUGCCGGCGACGAUAUUCUAGACCGCGAGCAGAUGUGGCCUGGCUCGCGCACUCAAAAAAUGGUCAACGAAACAAUGUCCGGCACAACCAACUACUAUCUCGCUGUCUACCCGGCGAACUGUAUCGACACCACCGAUUGCAGCCCUCGACUUCUCCUGUGGUUCUUCGACAGCCGCGGCGGUAACUAUUAUCAAGGUAAUUCGCAGCAGAACUGGGUUGACCAGAGUGUCGUAGACUGGUUCAAUAAGACCAGUACGGAAUUAACCAAUAAGCAUAACAAGACCAUCCCAUCGCUCACUUUUGUCCACGUACCUAUUAACGCGAGUAUCGCAUUCCGGGAACAGGUUGGAGUUCGCAAAAACUACCAGCCAGGUAUCAACGACGAUCCUCCGGUCCCGCAACAAGGUUACGGCUGGUGUGCGAAUGGAACUCCUACCUAUGAUUGCUCGUACGGCGGCCAGGAUGUACCUUUCAUGGAGGCUUUAGUCACGAUACCAAGAAUCAUCGGUUUGUUCUACGGCCACGACCAUGGUAACACUUGGUGCUACCGCUGGAAUAGGAAAUUGGAUGGAAUGGCGAUUGAAGGCAACGGCAUCCACCUCUGCUAUGGACAGCAUUCGGGUUACGGAGGUUAUGGUGACUGGAUUCGCGGUGCACGAGAGAUUAUUGUGACAGAAGAUAAGCUGGACAAUAAUGAGGUCGAUACCCAUAUUCGCCUCGAAUCUGGCGACGUCGUGGGAGCUGUGACGCUGAACUCAUCCUUCAACGAAGACUACUACACUGCAACACCGAAUACGAUGACCUACAUGUCGAAGGGAGAGAGAAGUGGGUUCUUGUGUAUUUUAUUAGGCUCUGAACUUAUUAUGGCAGCGGCGAUUGCCUGGCUGAGACUCUGA